GAUGAACGAUUUGAAAAUAUCCUUGAAAUUUUGGAUAAUCGAUUGGAUAGAAGUCGACAUACUUCCGAACGAUCCGCAUUAGCAGGUCGGCAAAGGCGUUGCUUUGCGAUUAGGGAGGGCACGGACCAAGUUAUUGAUAUGUUGCGUCGUGGUUAUGACGAGCUAUUGCAAGACACACAGGAAACGGCUGAAGAGGAUAAAAAAGAACUGCCUCAAGCCAGGCUUAUAUUCACGGCGAAUCGAGGAUUUCAUUUUUCGAUUCCGUUCGCGGACCCAGUAGCCAAAGUAGAACUGCCAGACCAUUUCAUUGAAGUUGCCAGGCAUCGCGCCUCUAUAUCGUUCACCACACGAUCACUUGUCCGCUAUAAUGGUAUAUGUUCCUUAAUUUUCAUCUUUUACAUAAAGGCCGUUAGAUUUGUUGUUUGA